AAUCAGCAGCGCGCUCUGCCAGCCAGGAGGACGCAUAAAAGAAGAACAUUGCAGCAGAGGCACAGAAGGAGACUGCGAGAGGAGCAGGGAAUUACACAUAAAGACAGCAGAACCAGAACACCCUCCCCUGGACACACCCUGCUGAGGAUCACUGCUUCUCUUUUUUCUGAACCAUCGCCCACGCCACUCGGAGAGAACGCUCUCCCUCAUCAUCAUUCAGUAGAAAACCCCUUUCUCCUCUUUUUCAUCCUAUAGAGGACACCUACAAUCUCAGAGGGCUGAGAUUCCCUGGCGAAGAUUGUAUUUUUUUCCUUUUUUUCUUUUUUUUUUCUUUUAAUUUGGACUCCUGACAGAACAUAAGGGCCAUAUAAUAUAAAGGCCGAAGAGCAUACAGAGACUCAGCCUUCAGCUUCAAGACCAGUGCAAAGAAGGACCUAGAUUUCUUUCAUUGUACGUCAAGAAUGGUUACCCAGAUAAUCAGCACCAUGGAAACCCAGGUGUCCAAUGGUCCAAGCGGAACCAGUCUGCCUAAUGGUCCAGUCAUUAGCACCAACGGCUCCACAGACGACAGCAAAACCAACCUGAUCGUCAACUAUCUGCCUCAGAACAUGACCCAGGAAGAGUUCAAAAGUUUGUUUGGUAGCAUUGGAGAGAUUGAGUCCUGCAAGCUAGUCAGAGACAAGAUAACAGGUCAGAGUUUAGGAUAUGGCUUUGUAAACUAUGUGGAUCCAAAUGAUGCAGAUAAGGCCAUCAACACACUCAAUGGUCUAAAGCUGCAGACUAAAACAAUCAAGGUAUCAUAUGCCCGGCCAAGCUCGGCUUCUAUUCGUGAUGCCAACCUUUACGUGAGUGGACUCCCCAAAACCAUGAGCCAGAAGGACAUGGAACAGCUGUUCUCCCAAUACGGUCGCAUCAUCACAUCCCGCAUCCUAGUGGACCAAGUCACAGCAGGCAUAUCACGAGGAGUGGGCUUCAUCCGGUUUGACAAGCGGAACGAGGCAGAGGAAGCCAUCAAAGGUCUGAACGGACAAAAGCCUUUGGGUGCUGCCGAGCCCAUCACUGUCAAGUUCGCCAACAACCCCAGCCAGAAGACAGGCCAGGCCUUACUGACUCAGCUGUACCAGACUGCUGCCCGCCGCUACACAGGACCCCUGCACCACCAGACUCAGCGUUUCAGCAUGAUCCCUUCACUUGGAAAGGGACCAGAUCCAAAUAACAGCUCAAAACCAAUACUCGACAAUUUACUAAACGCCAGCUACGGAGUCAAGAGUUCUCCUACUCUCUUCCCCAGAUUCUCCCCCAUCACCAUUGACAGCAUGACCAGCCUGGCCGGGGUCAAUCUUACUGGUCCAACUGGAGCCGGCUGGUGCAUCUUUGUAUACAACCUGUCCCCCGAGGCGGACGAGAGCGUCCUGUGGCAGCUCUUUGGGCCCUUCGGCGCCGUCACUAACGUCAAAGUCAUCCGUGACUUCACCACCAACAAAUGUAAGGGCUUUGGCUUUGUCACCAUGACCAACUACGAUGAAGCCGCCAUGGCUAUCGCUAGCCUUAAUGGCUACCGCCUGGGUGACCGCGUGCUGCAGGUUUCUUUCAAGACCAGCAAGCAGCACAAGGCCUGAGAGAGAGGCGGCUGGCACCAGCUCCUUCGACCUGCAUUGAGAGCAACCUGAGCUCCCUGUGCCAUCACUCUACAUGGGCCUGGACUGAGUCUCUCUCUGACACGUUUUCACACAAACUCAUAAUAUAUUAUCAUAAACACAGACAUGCAGAUACACACAUACAAGCACACACAUAACCACACAUAUCCAUACGCAACCAUACACAAGUCAGAGUUUCAAGCAAACACACUCGUGGAGUUUUUCUUUUCUCUUUACACAACAUGCUAGUCCUUCCCUAUAUUUGCCUGGAUUUAAUUAGAAGGGGUACGUAGCUGAUUUGUUGGGUAAGGGCAAGAGCUAUCUAUUUAGGAGACAGUCUAACGAAUGUGACAGAGAAUGUGUACUGAGUGCUUUGAUUGAAUUCAGGCAAAUAAUGACAACUGAUGAACAAAACGAUCAAAAAUUUAAAUGAACGAAUAUGUGCAAUUUACCCAAACUCUUACCCCACCAUCUCUCCCAUUAUCUUGCUGGAGAGGAUGUAGUCACUUUUUUACACUUGGGCAUUUUGAAUCAGUGAUUUUUUUAGAUCAAAGAAAAUGAAAUUAAAAAACAGUGUUCUCUUAUAUACAUCUAUUAAAAUAUAACUAUAUAUUCAAUAUUUAAGGUGGUUAUAAUAGCCGAGUAUGUAAGCAUUUUCUAGAAACUUUGACUACUGUUUCCUGACCUGCAUUAGGUGGUGCCUAGCGUAAAGGCAGUUUCUCUACCCUAUGUGAGCUUGGUAGCUCAGACCCAAUAAGAUUUAGGUUAACCAAUAAAUACUGGUCACAGAAAAGAGUAGUCCAAAGGCCAUCAGAAUCACUCUUUCCCUCACAGUCUCACACCGAACAACACAAUAGUACACUUACGUAUCACAGAAACACAGUUCAAUAACUAGAGGAUGUAUACAUAUCUAGUCCACAAAAACAAAAAAAAGUUACUGUAUUUUCUAAUCUAUGCUCAGGAUGGAUUCAACAGAAGCAGAUUGUCUGUGAACUUAGAGCAGAGUGGCAGUGCUCCAUGGUGACAGUGUUCAUUAGUAAUUCUCUCAUGGGCGAGAGCGUGACGAGUGCGAGGGAAAACUGUUUCACCAUAACACAGCCACAUCAAAGGAAAAUACCGGUGUUUUUUCACUUUUUGCAUCAUUUUUUCAUUUCACCUGUAUUUUUACAUUAUCCACAGGUAUUUUACUGUGCAUGGCUUUACCAGCCAUGAUUUGAUGUAAUAUCCCUUUAGCUGAAAGGCCAUCUGGUGUCAAGAGGUCAAGAGAAAAAGGCAAACAAGAAGUGAAAGACAACCAAAUUAUAUUGUUCUUGCUGACAUGCUUUGAUUAUUAUGAAUGUUACUGUACUCAAAAUAGGUUAUGUUUUCAGAUUAAUUUAGAUAAAUGGAAGCAGUAAAUUUGAUAGUUUGAAUAUGAUUACGAUCAAAGUAGCUGCAAAAAGUAACUGUCAAACAACACACCCCAUGGACUGAACAAUGGUCUAGGCAUGUCUGUAGAGAAAUAACACAGAUGAGCAAAAACUCAAGAGCACCGGUAUUAUUCUUCAGUCUAGUGCACAGAUAGAAGAAGAAUAAAUUAGGUCAAAGUUUUACCAUUCAGCGGAAAACAUGGGCUCUACAGUAACAACAUGAAUAGAGCAGAUUAAGAGGACUGCAGUUCCAAAUGACUGAACAUUUAAAACUGACUUUAAGUAAUGUGUGUGAGCGAAGAUAUCUGGCAAUGUUAAAAUUAUCACUGAUCCUUUGAGGAGAAAGAUUACCAGUUCCUCCAGCUUUGCCAAAUGCUCCUCAGUUUUAUUCAAAACCCAUCUAUUCUCUUAUAAGCUUCCCAGAAACUUUGAACUCCUGCCCUCUCAACAGAUGACCGUACAACGUCAAGCCUGCAAAUAAGUGUCAUAAUUAAACUUCUGUUUACAACAGAAAGGUAUUUAUUUAUUUUCUUUAGAUCUGUUUGGCACUACCACAAAAAUAGCAUUUCUCAAAAUAUCCCCAACCCAAAUGCAUGAAAAUUAUUUAUGGCACCCUUGAUGAAACAUUAAGGCCAACCUGUCUAGUUGAAAUGUCUGUUACAGACCAGACUUAAGAUUUACCAUGGGGAGAGCUAAUGUCGUUCAAUAUCAAGACAUUUGCACAUGAUAAUAGAUUAAAUAAGGUCAACUAUAUUCAAGACAUUUUUGCUUUUGCUUUUCUAAAUGACGCUGUGUUAGCCAAAGAGGACGAUCUCUUUGAAAGGAUUACAUUAGAGAUAAAUCUAUUUUUAUACAUACAAAGGAACAAGACCUUGUGCUGAAUUUUUACAGAUUCUUAAGCUUGGAAAAAUUGGGACAUCGCAUGGCUUUAUUUUAAACCCUCUGAUCUUUGCAGAGCAAGGGGGAAUAAGCAUGCGGUGUAUGGGUGGGGAUUUAGGGAGGGGGCGAAGGAACAUUGUAUCUCACACAAACCGUUCAACCAUAUCAAAACAAUGAAACAAACUUAACAAAAACAAAUUUGAUGUAAAAAAAAAAAAGGAAAAUUAAACAGUUGGGGGUAUAACCUGACAGACACAUCUAUACUUUUGAGUGCUUAGCCACACUCGCAUCUCUUGUCUUGAAGUUGUGUACAGUGUUGCUUCAAUGAUGGUACAGUGAAGUGAAGUUCUUUGACUUGAGAAUCCCAGACAAAGCUGCAGUGAGACUGGCUCAUUGCCAAGCUGAAAAACUGAAUAGCUGCUUGCAAAUAAAAAGGUAAAACGCAUAUUCCAACACUGAUGCAGAUUCAUAAUGAACACUGAGCAUGAUUCUUUACGAUUAGAUAGAUUUGAUUUUUGCCAAAGAAUUGCUUUGCAAGUCAGUACCAAGAAGGAUAAAUUAAGACUAACUAUAUUAUUCCCUGAGUAAUUGCUGUACAAAUCUAUGUUAAUUUAUUAAAUAAUGACCCUCUACAGUUUCAGUUAUCAUUACUUUUGAAUAUCUAAGUUGCGCAUAUCAGUUCGCAUUUGUAAAUCCUAAACCCACUAAACCAAAUGCUAAAAUGAAACGGUUGCAAUCCCAAAUAGCACACAUUUCAUGCAGACACCGAAUGAUAAAAAAGGCAUAUCAAAAAUAAAUGAUGAUGAAUCAGAUCAUCUCUUGACAAAGGAAAACAUUUUAUGCAUUCAUAUAAUGCGUUUCCCCCAACAUUUAUAUCCUCUGCUUUGUCUUGUGACCAAUUGAAUCCUUUAAAACUGUUAACAUUGCACCACUUACUGUGGCAUUUUUCGAUCUGACUCAUACUGUUUCAUCCCCUGAAAUAGUCUGAAUGAUUGCUGCUGGUGUGUCCAGAGCUGACCACAUAAAAGACUAAUCUAGCUAUUUUGGGUCAAGCAAUUAGCAAGAGAUAACACCAUAGGACUGAGCACUUGGUGAGACCAGUGAUAGACGUUAGGAACAACCAAGAUAACAGGCCAUGUUGAACUGCAGCUGGAGUUGUUUACCCGGUCAUGUCCAAUGUAGUACAGUCAACCCACAAACCAAACCCACAGCCCGAAAUGACCUUUCAUACACAGUCUAUACAAAGACCUACACCCAAUGUACAGUAGAGAGCCAGGGACCAUGGCAGGAAACAGUACUACACUGCUUGAGCAACAACAAUAAUCAUUUAAAAAGACAAAAAAACUUUCCUAUGGAACAGUAAGUGCAAUGUGCUUUGUUUUUAUAUUGACUGAGAACAAAUGAUAUAUAUUUUUUAAAAAAGAAAUUAAACGUCACACUGAAAAGGUUUGUGGAAUAGUGAAAGGAGCAAAAGUUCAGACAAAAACAUUAAAAUGAACACUCAUUAAAAAAAAAUCAAACAAGCAAUGAGAGCUCUGAUCUAUAAAUUUCCAUUAUCACUUCCUCAGCCUCUAAUUUGUGCUCUGACCAUGCAAGCUCAAACAAACUGCAUAUUUGGCUGACUUAACUGAGCAAUUCUCAAUGACCUUGAAAGGAAUAUUGUCUAAUAUAUCAUCAGUUUUAGCCCAUGUCAAUUUCAAAUAUCAUUUUUUCCUGUAAUUUAUUGAUUUCAUUUACAUAUCAAGACUCACUUGUUAAAUUAGCGUAUGUGUGUUGUUAAUGUUGCCAUAGAGAACACACAUGGGUCAAAGAUUAUGUUUGGUUGCACUGAUUGGGUACAGUUUAUUUUUCUUCCAUUAUUUAAUUAGUUGCAGUUUUUACAGUGUAUGCAGAUUUUAGACUUAGUUAGAUUUUUUUAUUUCAAUCAAACUGUGUUCAAUUGUGUUUGUAAAAGUCUGUGGUAGCUUUUGUUGCAACAUAAAAUAAUUUAAACAGAAAAAAUUCAAAAUAGCGCCAACAAACUUGUAUUAUUUGGGCGACUUUAAGCUUGUAGUUUUAACUUAUUGUUAACUUAAAAACUAUUUAUUAUGAUUAUUAUUAUUGCCUCGUACGAAGUAUGUUUUGUGUAUAUUUAUGGUUUAUUUCAUUAUAUUUGCAAGUUUAAAAGAUUUUAAGUUUGCCAAAAUUGUGGUUACACCAUUUUGUUUCUUAAAAAGGGGGACAAAUAGAAAAACAGCUUUAGAAGUACGAUUUGGAAACGUUCUCCAUAGUCAAAGAAUGCACUGCUAUAUUUAACUAAUUGAAGUGUAUAAACAUACAUGCUGUGUGCUAGAUGUUAUGCCUUUACUGCCUGUGUUCUGUUUGUCUUGUUAAAUGAAAAUCUUUUAAUUAUUUAAUCUAAUCACAGUCUUGUUUUUUCAACCACUCGGUGAACCCCUGAGACAUGGGACAGCCCCUGCGGCGAUGCUUCGGCCCAUUGGAGGGUCCAGCAAUUAGCCAGGAACAGAGGGGAUGUCCUAGGUUUGAUAUGCUCCCAAGAUGCUUUCCUGUUUAUGCUGAUGGGUUGAUUUAGACAAAAAAAAAAAAUAAUUAUUAGGGGUUCUGUUUCUGUAAAAGCAUUGUAAUACUGAGAUCAUCUGUACCAAUUUCAUUAUCAAUUUGUGCUAUUGAAACAAAGAUGCAUUUGGAAACCCAGCCAAGAGCUCCGGCAAAAUAUAACAGAGCUCAGAAAAGCUGUAGGAAGGUUUUCUUGGGAGUCUCUGGGGUAGUAAAGGGGUGAGUGGUCCUUCUGUUUCUCAACCAACUGUAUUUUGUGUCUAUUUAUUUAGAAGAGGGGACGCAGUAACUUAGUGAUGUUUUUCUUACAUUUUCCUGGAAUGGUAGAAUAAAUCAAAAGGUGAAAAUGAUCAAAACAGUUCUGCUGACACCAAUGUCAGUGGAAGAAAUACAAAAUCUCAUACUUCCAAACAUGACCAAAUGAACAAUGUCAAAAUUUAACAAAGAAAAAAAAAAACCUUUCAGUUUAGUCUAGGAUAUUUAUUACUGGGAUUUCAGCUGAAGACGCUUGAAGACUUUUUCAUGGAAUUGUUUAAUUAUUUGUACUUUACAUGCCAGAAAAAAAUAAAAGUUACAAAUAUUGA